CCCUGUCAAACCAAAGUCUGUCUAACAGCAUUUCAACAUAUCACAUUUUCAAACAGAAAACAAGAGAACAGUAUAUCACAAAUUGUGGAUUGAUUUGAGCAGAGAACAGUGAAUAAGUAGGUCCUGAAACAAUUGGAGCCUUGAAAGCAAGAGAAUUGAUAGAAGCCAUGCUCCCUCCUGUAAUUUUGCUAUUAGUCGUUACUCUUGUCACUGGAACAGACGUUUCUGCAACAAAGAAGAAACAACAUGUCAACCAUGCAGAAGACCUUCAAAAUCAUGGGCAAGAAUCUGCUUUGGCAAUGAUUUCUUCUGCAAACACUGAUUUUGCUUUUCAGCUCUACAAAGAAAUUGCUAACCAGACUACUUCCAAUAUUUUCUUCUCCCCUAUGAGUAUUUCCACCGCUUUAGCCUUAUUGUCUCUGGGUACCAGAUCUGUGACACGUGAGCAGCUUUUCAAGGGACUUCACCUUGAUAGUAUGACAGAGGAAAGAAUAGCUGAAAUGAACAGGGACUACAAGCAACUCUUACAGUCCCUGAUGGCAGAACAAAAUGAGCUUCAGCUAUUAAUGGGAAACUCUCUUCAUAUUCAAAAAGGCUAUGAUGUGUUGCCAAGCUUUCUAAAUGAGUCCAAGAAGUUUUACAAUGCUGAGGUGUUUUCUCUAGAUUUCAAUCUGGAUCCUGAAAAUGCCAGGUUACAGCUGAAUGAUUAUGUGAAAAAGAUGACAAAAGGGAAAAUUAAAAACAUGUUUGACACAAUUGACCGUUCAACCAAACUAAUGCUAAUUAAUUACAUCUUUUUUAAAGGAAAAUGGGAGAAUCCAUUUGAUCCAGCGCAGACUCGAGAAACAUUAUUUAAAGUGAACAAAACUACAGACGUAACUGUGCAAAUGAUGCGCCAAACCAAUCGGUUCAGUAUGAUAUCUGACUACAAUCUUUUCAGUAAAGUAAUAAAACUUCCUUACCUUGGAAAUGCAUCAAUGAUCGCCAUCUUGCCUGCAGACGGGAAACUAGAACAUGUGGAGCAAAAUCUUUCCCAUGAAAAGUUUGAUGAAUGGGUCCAACAACUUGCUCACCACAAGCAACAAUGUAUUCUCCAAUUUCCAAAAGUGUCGCUGUCAUUGUCAUAUGGGUUGAAAAAUAUCCUAGCGAAAAUGGGUGUCAGAGAUUUGUUUACAUCUGCAGCCAACCUGUCUGGGAUAAGUGAAAGUGAAAAUCUAAAAGUUUCACAAGUUUCUCAUAAAGCAGUGCUGGAUAUUGAUGAGAAAUCCACUGAGGCAGCUGGAGCUACUGGAGUAGAAAUUAUUCCAAUGUCAUUGCCACCCACACUGGCAUUUAAUCGACCAUUCAUUUUGAUUAUCUAUGAGGAAAACACAAACAAUAUACUGUUUGUUGGAAGACUAAAAGAUCCAUCGAAGUAAUCUUGCUCAGAAAACUCAUUUGCUCAGCAAAGAAAUUUGGGCACACUUUAAUUCUAGGGCUUGAAAUGAUAGACAUGUGUAAUCAAUCCAGUAUUAUUAUGCAUCGGCAAUUAUUUUGAUUCUUUUUCAGCAUUAAUACAUGGCAGAUCCAUCAGCAUUCACAAAGUGAAUAUAUGGGUUAACAUCUUCAUCACAGAAAACUGAAAGUUAAACAAGCAUUUUACUAUAGUUGGGAUUUGGUGGUUUAAUGAUAAUGUUACUGGACUAGUAGCUCAGAGGCCCAGGUUAACACUAUGGCCACAUGGGUUUAAAUCUCACCACAGCACCUGGUGAAAUUUAAAUUCAAUCAUUACAAUCUGAAUGUGAAACUAGUCUCGUAGGGUUAACCAAGAACCUAUCAUUUAUUUCUUUUAAGACGCAUCUGGUUCACUUAUGCCUUUUCCUUACUCAAUCUAGGCUAUUUGUCAAUUCAGAUCCCAGCAAAUCAUUCAAUUCAAGGGCACUUGUGGAUGGGAAUAAAUGCAAUCCUUUCCAGUCAUGUGCACAUCCCAUGCAAGAAUAAAUAAAGUAAAAUAAGAGUGAACAAUUGGUACUCCAAUCACAUAUUUAACAGGCAAACUGCUUAAUAGAGAUGCAGAAAACUCUGCAAAAAUAAAGAUCUCAGGAACAUUUGAAGGAUCAAUUAGUUUGUUGAACCUGUUGGCACUAUGUACCAUCUAGACAUCAACAUGCCUUUCUCUCUUGUCAUAUGCCACAGUACAAACCACUGACUGCUUGAGGAUAGGGUAAAGAGCUGUCAAAAAUCCUCCUUUCUGUGUUGAGUCAAAUGGCACUAUGUACCAUCUAGACAUCAACAUGCCUUUCUCUCUUGUCAUAUGCCACAGUACAAACCACUGACUGCUUGAGGAUAGGUAAAGAGCUGUCAAAAAUCCUCCUUUCUGUGUUGAGUCAAAUGGCCUAUCUGAUGAGCAGUGGAAGACGAUAAAUCACUAUUGAGUCUUAAUGAGAAGAGAUACUUAUCUGACAACAAGAUCUAAUUUACUGCAUGAUAACAAUAAGUACAAGUUGCUGCAUCAGAAGCCAGAUAUGGCAUGUCUAUCUCCAUUAGGUCCAUGAUACAGCAUAAGGUCAAUACACACAAAGAAAAUCCUCCUAAAUUUCUUUCUCAACACAGAAAGGACCAAACAUGGAAAAUGCAAGAAUAUUGGAGAAAUGGAAAGGAAAUAAUAAAUAAACAAUGGGAUGUUGGUGGUGGUGAUGAAUGGGGAUGGGGGGGUGGUGUAGGGGGAGAGGGGGAAUGAAAUGGUACCAGCAGAAUAUGCUGGAAAUGUUCAGACAUUUACUAGGAUUAAAAGAACUAAAAUAGACCAAUGUAAAUCAUUGAACUCUAUCAUGGCCAAAUGUCUACACUCAAAAGAAUAAAUCACCACUCUCUCCCCAAAUUCCAAGGGACUCACAAUUCUAACAUGCUGUGCUGUAAAGUGAUGAAUAAUAAUGGUGUGAUUUUUAAAUUUAAUUUUAACACUGUUGGAAUCCAAAAAGUUCAGGAGAAUGAUAAUACACUAUACCUUUGCAGUUUCUUAUUCUUUCCCUUUACCCCUUUUCUGCAAUAUUGAUCACCAAAAAUCAGGCAACUCAAACUAAAUGGUUAAUUAUUGAGGCAUAAAAAUCUGUUAAUUUUACUGUAAAACAUAUUGCAAACACAUAUUUCUUCAAGAUCACCCACAACAAAAUAAUUUGAUUUUAUUGUGAAAUUUUAUGCUUUGGUACAAUGGUUGAUGCUCAGGAGGAAGACACAUUAUGAUUUUUGACUGAAUUAAGCAGUAAUCUAAUGUUUCAACAUGUGUCAGCCACCAAAAAUGUUUAAUUUGUGUUCAAUAAAUGAAAUGAUCUUCAUUCACACUGCCUUCCAACUACUUGGAUAAAUGACAUACCGUUUCUGUCAUGUACUGUGUGUUCCAGCUGCACAAAAUUAUUAAAAAUGAAUAAAUAUGAAGAGAUAUAGCACCUA